ACUCCACGAGUUUGUUCACUGUUGUCCUUGCGCAUGGUUAAACCUCGGAAUCGGAGCAGCGAAUGGGGCACUUGGUUAGGAAAGGGACUGUUGUCAGGGGGAGAGGGCGAGGCAAGGGUCCGUGUCUGUAGUGAUUGGUUCAUUCUCACUACUCGGAAAACUGUGCAAGACUCGCACAUCCGAGGAUCGGUCGGUCUUGUAGCACGUCGAGGGAAUUCGAGACCGGACUUUGGAAGAAUUGAGAUGUCAAAUCCGUGUGUCGGAAGGUGUAUGCUAUCUUGAUCGGUGAUUUUCUGUGUACAGUUGGGAGUGGGAGUGGGACGGGGACGGGGAGUUCGAGAUUGAGUGAAGGGGAUAUUGUUUUGGACAACAGCGUGCAGACCAGGGAAUCGAGUGAAGUUCAUGGCUACUGCACUUUCUCUCCGGGUCAGAUUGCCUUUGCGAAUGCGAGGGCAUUCCCUUGUCGCUCAGAAGCCUUUCGUGAAGCAAGAAGUUAACUUCGUGAAGCCAAAACGAACUAGAGGAGUGCGUUGCAGUAGCGGGACAGAUGAUGAGAAUUACGUUCCAGCUCAUGUUAUCGAAGCCGUGAGUAUGAUGCCAUCACAGGGUCAGCUUUACAUGACUUUAUUUGAUGGAAGGGAAGUGGAAGUAAAUCAUGUCAAUCCGACGAAGGGCCAACUUCUUUAUAAAGCUAGUACUCCUACAAUAUUUUUGAAAAUGUCUGAUGAGUCGAAUCUAAUGCUUCCAAUCGUUGUGGGUGAGACUGCAGUUGCAAUGCUCAUGAAAGCUUUACAUGAUGGCGAGAAGCUGGGAAGACCGAACCAGUAUCAAAUUUUGAAAAACAUCGUCGGGGCUUUGAACUACGAGGCACGGAUGGUGAAGGUCACGGAGAGAGUGCUGGACACUUACUAUGCCCGUAUAUACAUUGCCAAGCCUGGAGAUGAGGAGUUGUUGAGUGUGGAUGCGAGGCCAUCAGACGCCAUCAACUUGGCGGUGAGAUGCAAGAUUCCGAUCUACGUCAACAAAGAUAUUGUCACCGCUGAUGCAGUGAAAGCUGUCCAUCAAACCGUAUAUCGUAAAAAAACUGCGUAUCCCAGGCGUGCCAGACAACAUGACGAUUUCCUGGAUGGUGCAGAUGACGAACCCGACACCAUGGCCGAGGAAAUCUCUAUCAUGAAAAGUAUGCUCUUAGCCGUUAAAGAAGAGCGUUAUGCCGACGCAGCUCGUCUGCGGGAUGAGUUGUUGAAACUUCGGGCCCUGGCUGAGUGGCAACUUCGCCAGGUAUGUAUGGGAUUGCCUUGCAAUUGAUUCAACCUUCAUGAUCCUGAAGCAGGGAUGUAACUUCAGAGUGCUCUUUCAAAUAGUUUGAGAGAAACUAUAAGAUGUUCUAAUAGGACUGUGCACUGAACCGCUUUACUGCAUAUCAGCUUGCCAUCGUCUUGGAACAGCUUACUGCCAAAGUGAACAGAGUUUGCAGUUGAUUUCGCUAGCAGACUAGUGUCUUCAUUUACCGCUUGUUAGGCAUGGCUCGCUGAUAUGUGACUUCCUUAGAUGUAAAUGAGUUAUGGACACAUGGAAGGAUGAAUGUUCCUCAGUGUUACUAGGUCGGCUACCGAAGUAGGUCAUGGUCCUGCACAGAUAUACGUCCCGGAGCAAACUCACACAAUACGCGUGUUUGUCCUAACCUGUUACGAAAAUUAACCUGGUCUGCUGGUAAUUUGUAGACGUAUGGUGUGUAGACAUUUAGAGCAUGAGAGCAGCUGCGUACACUUCGGACACCUAUCACUGCAGGCGUUGUGCUAGAUUCUGCCUCCGCUGAUAAACACGUUUUAGAGACGACCUCGUCAGGAUCCUCGGAGCUCUUGAGUAUAUAUUGGGGGAAACUGAUUAGUAUUCUGGAGACACGGAACUGGAAGGUGCUUAUGAUACCUACUUUUGGAGGAAGCGUCUUCGAUGAAUCGCGAAGGGAUUAUACUCUUGGGUUAUCCUGUACAGUCAACAUUACUAAGAAGAGUAUAUCCAAGAAUCUAGGUGCUUUCAGUUAGUUCAUGUUGUCGACUGUUGGUGGAAGAAAACAGUCGUGUGAUUAGGACCUUCACAACCAGAUUAUGAUGUACAUAGAAGUAACGCCUUUAGCUUCGGAUCUUGGGUGUAAUAUAGUAAAGUAAAGGCUUUGUUACACUUUU